GUUGAAUUGUGCGUCCCUGAAGCUGUGCUGCCAGAGUAGAGUGCCCUAUGGGUUUUCAAGAGCAGCAAGGAAUGAAUAAAUCUUGUAACUUACACCAAGGACACCAUCAUCUUCCCUGGUUUUGAGGCCUUUGGACUUGGACUGAGCCAUGCUACCAGCAUCUGGUUUAUAGACGGCCUAUCGUGGGACUUUUCUUCAUAGCCACGGCUCUGCAUUACCAAACCUGAGGUGAUCUUCAAGUUGGAGCGAGCAGCAGAGCCAUGGAUGAUAGAAGAACACCCAAACCAGAGCCUACAAGCUGUUGUUCCAGAGUUUUCUAUGCAUUUCCAAGAGUGGCAAAAAAUGAAUAAAUCUUGGAUAUUUGAGUUGUUGAAAACAUGAAUCCUGUUACUUGUGAACAGUGACUGACAACAGUGAUGUGAGGCCCGGUUGUCUACUUGGACCAGAAGAUUUCAUCGGCCAGGUUUUUUGUUGUAUUUCUGAUUCCAGGAGAAAAAUUGUCCAAGUUUUCAGUGUUGGGCAGGUAUGGAAGAUAAAGGUGACCUGAGCAGUGCGGAGGCACCUGAGACUAUCAAACCCACAAGGAAAGGCUUUAGCAAAACCCGGGGAUUUGGAAGAACCACUGUUGCUAAGCGAGAGGGUAUGGGAGACAUGGAGGCAGGCUCGCUGGGGCAGCAGCCCCCACGGCAGCACAGCCUGGCCCUGGGACGCACUGGGAGGCAGCCACAGCGCACCGAGCGGGUGGAGGAAUUCCUUACAGCAGCUCAGCACCAAGGAAGACAGAAUGUUCCUGUCUCCCUUGCGGAUUCCAGUGAGCCAACGUCUUGUCCAGUGCCAGAUGUUGAAACUGCCUUGGAAGGGAGCGUAGGAAGUACCUCUGAGAUGAAAAGUGGCCCCCACUCUGGUUCCUUGAGUGUACAGGAGCGACCUGCCUCUUCUGGAAAGGCCACAGGAGGAGAGGACAAGGAGGACACCUCCGACAAUGACAGUGAUGGCCUGACUUGGAAGCAGUUUCAGAAUCGCCUAUGGAGAAAGCAAGAGCAAGAGCCACCUGACAGGCCCCUGAAAUGCAUCCAGAAUCACCUGAGAAAGAAGCGUCGGGAGGAGAAUCCCACGGAAACCGUGCAUGUCGAGGCAGGCACUGCUGUUGAGAAUGCUCUGCCCAGCAAGCAAGAGCCAGAGACUGUCCAGAGGGUUGUGUCCCAGGCAGUGACCAAUGAUCAAGAGAGUCAGCGGGAGAGGUUAGCAGCUCAGCAAGUUAAAGGUGAAUAGAGCAGGUACUCGGGCACGACUAAGCCUGACUGUGAGCUGCACAACCCCAACACCCUGGACCACAUGUGUCUCCAGCCUCACAACAACAGGUUUAUGAGUUGCUGUGACCGAUGUGAAGAAUGGUUUCAUGGCUAUUGUAGGGGCGCUUCUCAGGCUCGAGGAAGGCUUCUGGAAAGGAAUAGCGAAGAUUAUAUCUGCCCAAACUGCACCGUUCUCCAAGUGCAGGAUGAGACUAAUGCAGAAACCACAGAUCAUCGGGAAACUAAAUUUAGACCUGCAGAUGCUGAUGACACAGAUUUUACCAGUAUAGGAACAGUGGAGCAAAAAUCUAGUGAAGACCAAAAUAUAAAGAGGAGAGUUGAGAAAGCAGCAAAUCCAAGCAGAAAGAAAAAACUCAAGCUUUGCCAGCCUGUGGUAGAGGCUCUGGGCACCUCCAGGUGUACCCGCCUUGGGUGCUCCAGUGUGGUGCAGUCCAACUUGGCCUACUGCAGCAAGGACGGUAUUCUUACAGAUGGUGCAGCUACUAUGAAAUGCCUAAGUUCAGGCAAAGAACAGAAGCCAAAAUGUAAGGAAAAGAUCAACAUGAAGCUAGAAAACCUCCAUCUUCCACAGGGAGGCAUUAAAAGCUCUUCUCUGCACAAGAGACCGGCUCCAGAAAAAAAAGAAGGCACAGUGAAGAAGGCAGUGGUGGCUUUUUCUAGGAGCAGGUCCCUCGGGAAGGAGACAACUUGUGAAAGCAGCGUGCCUUCCUGGGCAGGAAACCAGGAUUACAGUGCAGUAAAGCUGGAAAAGACUUCCACUGGCUCGUCAUCACUGUUGUGCAAACCUAGGAAGGCAGACGGAAGAGCAGAGGAGAAGGCAGCGGUGGCCUCGGCCUCAAAGAGAAAAGCCCGCCCGGGCUGCUUGGUGGGCAAACGACCGUCACCAAGACAUCUCGCUCCAAAGAAGUCUCCUCCUUUUGCUAAUGUGGCAGCAGCCAAACCAGCCAUUAAAAAGGCACCCUCUGGCUUCAAGGGCACCAUCCCCCAAAAGCCGUGCCUUUCGGCCACCCCCUCAGGUGGCACUUCCGCUGUCAGGCACAGGGCUGCUUCCAGACAGUUCCCUGGAUCUGCUGCUUUGCCUGGAGCCAUCAGGAAGCCGGUAACAACUUCUCUUCCUGUGGCUUCUCCAGUCCCAGGACACCUCAGGACCUGGAGCCCUGCGCAGUCACAGCCCAGUUCACAAAUUCGGCAGAAUAUACGAUGCUCCUUGAAAGAGAUUUUGUGGAAAAGAGUCAGUGACAGUGAUGACUUAAUCAUGACAGAGAAAGAAGUAGGAAACAUUGCCCUUCAUCUGGAGAAGGAAAUGUUUAACUUGUUUCAAGUUACAGAUAUUCGCUACAUGAGAAAAUACCGCAGCCUCCUGUUCAACCUCAAGGAUCCUAAAAAUCAGGGACUCUUCCAUCGUGUUUUACGUGGAGAAAUUUCUUUGGCAAAACUUGUGAGAAUGAAGCCAGAAGAACUUGGAUCUAAGGAAAUUUCCCUGUGGCCAGAGAAACUGAUGAAAUCUGAACAGCAAGAAUCAGUACAAGCUGUCCCUGAAAAAAGCCCCCAGCCCCUUUUGGACGUCCGUAGCAGUUUGUUGAAAGAUACAACAAGCCACCACGAGGCGCAUCUUUUUAAUCUAAAUUGUAAAAUCUGUACAGGUCAGAUUUCCUCAUCAGAAGAUGAGCCACCUCUGAAAAGACAGAAAUUGUUGGCUUCUGCUAAGAAAGAAGACUUAAAAUCCAAGUGUAUCAACUCUCCAUCUGAUCCAGUUCCUAACUCAGCUGAUGAAGGAACACCAGGAACUCUGUGCAGAAAUGCUUCUGAACCAGACCUGGAAAGUGCUUCUCAUCCAAACCUGGAGAGAAAGUAUUUCCCUGGGCCCCCAGGAGAUGUCAUUACUGAGCUCUCCCCAGUGGAAGACCGUGGGAAUGCGGUGGUCACCACUGUCAUUAUGUCAAGCUGGGACUCCAGGACUGCUCCAAGUGGAUCGUGCACAGUCACAGCCUCCACAGCAGCCCAGCCAGACAGUGCCCACGUGGUAGAAACCAAACAAGACACACCGAUGCCUGCUUUGACUUCUUUGGCGGUGCCCAGGUUCAUACUGGCUACGCCGUCCUCAUCCCCUGACCCAGGACACUUGUCAGUUCCAUCACAGAAUAUCAGUGUCUCUGAGUCACAUUCCUCUGCAGAAGGAGAUACGACCCACUUUUUAUCUCAACUCCGCACCAUUUGGAAAGGAUUUAUUAACAUGAAAAGUGUAGCAAAAUCUGUCACUAAGGCAUAUCCUGUCUCUGGGUGUUUUGAUUAUCUCAGUGAGGACUUGCCCAACACAAUUCACAUCGGUGGGAGGAUCGCACCGAAGAUGGUUUGGGAUUAUGUUGGUGAACUCAAGUCUUCUGUGUCUAAGGAGCUCUGUCUGAUCCGCUUUCACCCCCUGACAGAGGAAGAAGAGGUUGCCUACGUUUCUCUCUACUCCUACUUGAGCAGUCGUGGCCGUUUUGGUGUUGUACCUAAUAAGACCAGGCACAUCAAGAACCUCUACCUCAUCCCACUGGGUGCUAAGGACCCUAUUCCAUCCGCACUCUUGCCCUUUGAGGGACCAGGUCUUGAGUCACCACGUCCAAAUAUAACCCUUGGGUUAGUAAUCUGUCAUAAAAUAAAACGUCCUUCAAGUGCUGGAGAAUUAGACAAAAUUGAGAAUAAACGGCCUCGACUUCAAUAGGAAGAAGUGGAAGGUUCCAUCUACCCCAAGAUAACUGCAGCCCCGCGGUCUGAGAAGCCCUCCAAGUGUCCCCUGUACCCUGCAGGCACUGCUGUUGGCUCCGCACCCACAGGGUCCCCUCCACUUCCACCCUGUCUUCCAGAACCAUCAGAGUUUAAAAUACAGUCAUCCAUCAAGCCAGAAUCUGCCCAGAUUGUCACAGCCUCAACUAAGCGAGCAGCAGUCACUACAGCAAAUUCCUCUGUUGUGUCACUGCUGGAACCCAUCUUGCAAAUUCUCUUCGGAAAGAAGAAAUCAUUUGAGCCCCCUGCCAAGGAGUCUGUCGGAGCUCUUCCUUCCUUCCACCAGGACUCCAACACCAAGGCAGACGACGGGGUGUCCGCAGCUCCUUGGCCAGAUCCGACUGUUCAGCAGUUUGGUCAGUUCUCAAAGGCUCAGGCUCCAGAGGAAGAGGAGGAGGAUCAGCCGCACAGCCCUGAAGAAGAGCAGAACCUGGAGAGAGCCUUGGAUGCACAGCUCGCCGAGCGAGGGAAAAUAGUGAUUAUUAGUUAAAAAACUACAAACUAAAUAGAAAACUUUUCACUGUGAAGUACAAGAUAUGCCUGUUGUAUUUUUCAAGUCCUUCUGAAGUGUGAAAUAAGAGAAAACCUGGCUAAUUUAUUUGACUGUACAAAUACAUGUUGAUAAUUUUUAUAUUUUCAUGAACUUUUUCAGAUGCAAAAUUAGAGAAUUUCAUAUGUUCUUUUGGAGUCUAUUGCAUUACACAUCACUACAGAUUUUCACUUUAUAGCACAAAUUUUCAAGGAAAUAUGGAGAACAUGUCUAUUUGGGGUGUUUGUGUUAUAAACCAAGUGUCGCUAUGUUAAAUUACCUUAAAGCAGGGGUCAUUUCCAAUAUUUAAUAUG